AUGCCGAAACAGAUGACAGAAAUUAAAGAGUUUCUUUUAACUGCGAGGAGGAAAGAUGCGAAGUCAGUUAAAAUUAAGAAGAACCCUGAAAAUGUUAAGUUUAAAGUGCGUUGCAGUAAAUACCUGUAUACGUUGGUAAUCCAGGAUAAAGAAAAAGCUGAAAAGCUGAAGCAGUCUCUUCCGCCAGGACUUCAAGUAAAGGAGCUCAAAUAA